AUGAAGCUUAGUGUCGCAUUGUUUUUUGCUGGGCUCUUUGGGGCUUUGGCAGCUGUGUUCAUCCUCCUCUCGUUUGGAACGGAUUACUGGCUGCUGGCCUCAGAGAGCUGCCCAACAAAACCUGUCGGAUCUGUUGUUCUGGGUGAUGUGACUGUAGAGCGUGGCGAUGUGGUGAUGCAGGAUGGCACCGGUGAAAUCACUCUAUACCAUGAGGGUUUUUUCUGGAGGUGUAAGUUCGGAGGUGACUUGGGUGAUGACAACCUGCUGUGGAAGCUCUGGUUCACAAAUCAGCCUCACUCAAAAGUGUGCACACCCGCCUACCUCUUCCCUUUCCCUGUGUCUCAUCAGACCCAUAAUGCCACAGAGUAUGAUUCUGCCAUAAUCUACAGAAGCUUCUGGAGCAUCUUUAUGCUCAUCGGUGUGGCAGCUGUUGUGCUUGGUGGGUUCAUCAUCAUCUGUGCUGCUCCGUUUGCCAGCCAUCGCUUGUAUAAAGCAGGGGGCGGCCUCUUCCUGGCAUCUGGUCUUUUCCUGCUGUGUGUGGUGGUGAUGUACGUACUGUGGCUGCAGGUGUUGGAUGUGGUGGAUGUCUACAUAGACCACCAACGCUCUCUGUGUCCAGAUUUCCAGCUGUCCCUCAACUAUGGUCUGUCGUUCAUGUUUGCCCCCAUUGGCAUUUUCUUCUGCCUCCUGUCCGGCCUUCUUUUCCUCCUCAUUGGCCGAACCAUCCAGAUUCACUACCACUGAUUUUAACCAGCAGCAGGUUAGAGGAAGUGUAAGCCUUUAGAUGUUUAAAUUUAUUUUACCACCGGACCUUUGAUAUUUUCCCAUUUUGUCUGCCAUGCUGAUUCUGUAGAUACUAUGUGGCAGCUCUGUGGUAUAAAUUAUCUGAUAUCUGAGUUUUGAACACUUUGUUCCAGGAAAAAAACAUUUUAACCAUUGUGAUCUAUGUCAAACACAGCUCUGUGCUAUCAGGAGAUAGUAGACUAUUUGAGAAUUUCUCAACACGCCUGAUCACAAAUACCUGUGGUACCUAAUGCUGUUGUUUGAAUUUUGCUAGUGUUGAUGGCUGUGAGUGUUAUAAGUGUAUGUUCAUGAAAAUUACCAGCAAUCAUAUAUGGGAAUGAGAUAAAGAGGUUCCUUGGUUGAAAAAGUAAUACAAAGAUAUAUGUUGCUUUGUAUAGUGUAAAAAAAAAAAACUUUAUAAAAAGUGCACAGUGAAAGCUUAUAAGGUGGCAUGAUUGCUGAUGAUCUUCUAUUAUGUAUACAGUCAUAGGAGUCAGUGUUUUUUGGAAAGAACACCUGGCCAGCUGACAGUUUAAAGGGCUAGGCUGAUGAUAUUCUAUAUUUUUGUUAUUAUCAACAUAACCAACGAAAACACCAAAACGAAUUAUUUCCAACUUCCUCACCUUGUAUGCGGCACUAAGCUCCAAGCCCAUUCAUUUAUACUCAAGUUCUAACCUUUAAAAAUGAACCACAAUAUAAACUUUUAUUUCAAAAAAGGGCUAAAAAAGUUCCUGAAACAGCUGAGCACUGCAGUUUUUAGCAAACGUUACUCAAACAGAAGUAAAUAGAAUAUUUGUUGGGGAACUUUUAUAGCAUAAUGUGUAUCGGCUCAGUAUAAACUACAUAAUAAAGGAAUAUGUCACCCAGUGCAACAAUAUGGCUAAAUGUUUAAAUGGAGCUUACUACACCUAGUAAUAAACUGGGUGAAUUCAUUGUUGGUUUUGGUCUUUUUCUUGACAAUGAGAAGAAUUUAAUAUAUCAUCAGAUUCAUCCUGUAACAUAAUCGAAUAUUUAUAUAUGCUGAGUGUAUUGUGCUCAGUUUUUCUGCAGUAUUAUUUCACUAUAUCUGUACAUAGCCUGAAACUGUUCUGUCGUUGGGUCAUAUAUUAUUCUGUUGAACCUAUUAAUUGUUUCAGCACAGUUUAUUCUGUUCAUAA